GUGCAGAUGGAGGCCGGAGGAGACGCUGCUGCCCCAGCCCCCGGGGGCACGAAGGACUUGGAGGACACGCAGUUCCCCAGUGAGGAGACUAGAGAUGGUGGAGGGGUACAAGCGGGCCCCCCGGAUCCUGGAGACGGGGGCCCGGAGGAAACAGGAUCAGAGGCCAAGGACCAGCCACCCAGCCUCCUGUCACCACUGAACCAGUCAGAGGCACCAUCAAGCACCUGUGAGUGCUGGGGUCCAGCAGCUGCUGAGAGUAGUCCCCUUCAUGGCCCUGAGAGUGGCUCUGCGGGCCAAGGCGGGGACCCCAAUGAUGAGGACUGGCGCAGCCAGCGGAAGCAUGUGUUUGUGCUGAGUGAGGCUGGCAAGCCCAUCUACUCACGGUAUGGCAGUGUGGAGGCGCUGUCAGCUACCAUGGGUGUGAUGACAGCCCUUGUGUCCUUUGUGCAGAGUGCAGGAGAUGCCAUCCGUGCCAUCUAUGCCGAGGACCACAAGCUGGUGUUCCUACAGCAGGGCCCACUGCUGCUGGUGGCUGUGUCACGGACUCCUCAGUCAGCAGCCCAGCUGCGGGGGGAGCUGCUAGCUGUGCAUGCGCAGAUUGUGAGCACAUUGACCCGUGCCAGCGUGGCCCGCAUCUUUGCACACAAGCAGAACUACGACCUGCGCCGCCUGCUGGCCGGCUCAGAGCGCACACUGGACCGGCUUCUGGACAGUGUGGAGCGGGACCCAGGUGCCCUGCUCCUGGGUGCUGUGCGCUGCGUGCCCCUUGCCCGCCCACUGCGGGAAGCAUUGGGUGCACUGCUCCGACGUUGCACAGCACCGGGCCUGGCACUGUCGGUACUGGCGGUCGGUGGUCGAUUGAUAACAGCGGCCCAGGAGCGGAAUGUGCUGGCUGAGUGUCGGCUGGACCCAGCUGACCUGCAAUUGCUGCUCGACUGGGUGCGCGCACCGGCCUUUGCAGCGGGUGAGGCAUGGGCACCCGUGUGCCUGCCCCGAUUCAACCCUGAUGGUUUUUUCUAUGCCUACGUCGCCCGCCUGGAUGCCAUGCCUGUCUGCCUGCUGCUGCUUGGCACCCACCGUGAAGCGUUCCAUGCCAUGGCCGCCUGCCGGCGCCUGGUAGAAGAUGGGAUGCGUGCCCUUGGUGCCAUGCGUGCCCUUGGCGAGGCUGCCAGCUUCUCUAAUGCCCCAUCAACCAAUUCCCCUGCUUACAGUGUGCAGGCUGUGGGAGCGCCCGGCCUCCGGCACUUCCUCUAUAAGCCCCUGGACAUCCCUGACCACCACCGCCAGCUGCCUCAGUUUACCAGCCCUGAGCUAGAGGCCCCGUACAGCAGAGAGGAGGAGCGGCAGCGGCUGUCAGACCUGUACCACCGCCUGCAUGCUCGCCUCCACAGCACCUCCCGACCCCUGCGUCUCAUUUACCACGUGGCUGAGAAGGAGACGCUGCUGGCUUGGGUGACCUCCAAAUUUGAGCUCUAUACCUGCCUCAGCCCCCUGGUGACCAAAGCAGGUGCCAUCUUGGUAGUGACCAAACUCCUGCGCUGGGUGAGGAAGGAGGAAGACCGGCUCUUCAUUCGUUACCCACCCAAGUACUCCACACCCCCAGCUGCCUCUGCGGACCAAGCUCCCCACAAUGGCUUGUUCACUGGACUCUGAGAGGCAGAGCUCCCAGACCAGACAGUGCUGGGAGUGACCACCUUUGGCUUUUACCUUCUUUUUUCACCCUGGAAAUGGAGGUGGGGGUGUGUCUGUGACUGAUCCCUGUCUCCCCGGCAAUGGGGGAAGAUCUGAGGUCCUGUCCACAAAUGGGAGAUGGGUUGCAGCAGCCAGAUGAGCAGGCUGCGCUCCCAACCCCCUCAUGCACCUCCACCUCUGGGGAAAUCCUUAGGCCUCCCCCUUCCCUCCCUCUGCCGUACCUCUUCCACUUGGAUGAUGUCGAGCCUCUGGCAGGGGCUGUCCCCUCCAAACCUGCCUCAGGGGUCUGCCUCCUUCCAUGGAAUCUUAGUCCUGAGUGCCCAGGGCUGACCAAGGUUUCUAGAGUGACCCACAGGGGUUCUGGAAUUGGGAAUGCAGGGGUAGUCUGUGCAUGGAACCGGCCUGAGGGGAUUUAAAAAAAGAAAAAAACCGAGCCCCACAAGGAUA